AUGAUGCUGAACGACAGGUGGACCAUCAUGAACAACAGCAGCUCAGAGCUCGACAGCAAGCGGCCAAAGAAACACAAGAGAUGCUGCAGCUUCCUGUUAUGGUCUGUCAUUGUGUUGGUUGUCAUAGCAGCCGUCGUCACAGCAACAGUCAUCAUCCUGUAUCUAAACCAGUAUCCUCUGCCCUUCAUCAACAGUGACAGGAGCAGACUUUCCUCCUCCUCGCCUGUGAUCUCGACCAACGCCAAGGAGUCCGGUGCCCUGGUGUCCGUCUCUCGUGUCGCAGACGGAGAGCCAAUCAGCAUCUUUCUGGACCCGAACUGUCCAGACUACACCGAAAAUUUCCUGCGCUGGGAGGCGCUGCAGAGCUCUCUGCUGCGAGCACUGUCCAAUCACAACACAGACGACUGGCAGGAGACGGGAUUGGUCCAAAAGCUGGCAGAAGAGUUCAAGGUGUUAUCAGGCCAUGCCCACAACCUGAGGCUGGAAGCCGAUUCGCUAAAAAGAGGUCAAGGUGUUCUGAACCAAAGACUGGAUGGACUGCAGAGCGAGCAGAGCCGCAUCAUGCAGGUGUUGUCUGACAGUCACUCAGGUGUGUUGAAGUUAGCGGGAGGUUUCGGUGAUUCUCUGCUCAGCCUGCAGAGGGAGACAGAGAGUCUGAGGCGGCUUAACAGUGACCUGCAGAGAGACAACAAGUACAGAGCUGUCAGACCCAGAGACUGUGCUGAUGUCUUGGCAUCUGGUGGUUCUCAGGAUGGAGUUUAUUCUGUGUUUCCGACUCAUGACCCUGACGGCUUCAUGGUUUACUGUGACAUGACCACUGAUGGAGGAGGCUGGACAGUGAUCCAGAGGAGGGAGGAUGGCUCCGUAAAUUUUUUCCGAGGCUGGGAUGCGUACAGAGAUGGUUUCGGAAAAACUACAGGAGAACACUGGCUAGGUCUCCAGAGGAUCUACUCUCUCACAAGGUCUGGUGGUUAUGAGUUACGUAUCGACAUGGCCGACUUCGAUAACGCCACAGCGUUUGCUCACUACGCUGAUUUCUCUGUUGGUCGGGACUCGGUGAACCCAGAGGAGGAUGGAUACCCACUGACCGUGGACCAGUACUCUGGGACCGCAGGUGACUCCCUCCUAAAGCAUUCUGGGAUGCAGUUCACCACUAAAGACCGGGACCAGGACCAGUCAGAGAACAACUGUGCAGCGUAUUACCAAGGGGCGUGGUGGUACCGUAACUGCCACACAUCCAACCUGAAUGGGCAGUACCUGAGUGGAGGCCACGCCUCGUAUGCAGAUGGAGUGGAGUGGUCCAGCUGGACGGGCUGGCAGUACUCGCUCAGGUUCACUGAGAUGAAGAUACGACCUAAUGCCAGACCGGACUCCUGAUCAUAUGACACUAAACCUGAACCCUGACCAAUAACCCAGCCCAUACAAAUUACCUACAACCUAAACCUGACCUCUGAACUCUGACCAAAUCCUGACUCCUGAUUCUCUGAGCCUAAAAUCUGACCUUUGACUCUAACCUUAUCUCUGACCUUAGACUUUGACCUCCAGCCCUUCGACCCUAAAAACAGACUCUGACUGACCCCUGACCAAUU